AUGGGGAGCGGUCUGAGCCCGUUGUUUCUGCAGCCAUUUGGCUUUCUGAGGGACCACGUAGAAAUGAAACGGAAAUUCGUAGCGGAUGCCUCCCCUGCGGAGCAGUUUCAUACUCUCCGACAAAUUCCAGGGCUAAGUGCUGCGGACUGUCGGGAGGUGAUUCAUCUUCUACGGGAAGAUGAUAAAGGCGUCCAUACAUGCCAUCGUCAAGAACAAAAAAUUCCGGAGGCAUCGAAAAUGAUGCGCCAAGUGCGCUUGCCGGGCGCGAACGGGUUAGUAUUUCACUACAACUCGUUUCCAGAGUUAGUCUACGAGAAGACUCUGCGUUGUCCACUCUUUGCCACCAUGAUGAAGGAAGCAAUGAAAGUGGCAAAUGGACAUCUCACGUUGGUUAUCUUCAGUGAUGAAGCGAAUCCGGGGAAUAUCUUGCAUGGCAGACAUCCCCGUAAGACCAAUCUGGUAUAUGCCUCAUUUCUGGAGUUGCCCUGUCUCUUUGUAGAUAGCAUGUGGUUGCCGCUUUCAGCGCAAAGAGCGGACGAUGUGUCAGCUCACGAGACUUCCUACGCGGAAAUCAUGCGGCACUUGCUAGAAGCUAUCUAUGCGGAGACAGAAUGUGGCGUGCCGAUAUGCAUUGAGUCUUCUGGCCACUUGGUCUUCAUCGAUCGUGUCCUUCUCUUGAAUGACCAUGAAGGAUUGCGAAGUGUGAGCGGGGCCAAAGGCUCUGCAGGCAUGAAACCGUGUUGUCACUGCUCCAAUGUUCUCAGCUUGGGACGCCCAUGUCCACCAGGCUAUACAGAUAUUUCAGAGAUGUCGCCGUCCAAGUUUGUACGUCAAACGGACGAAGGCCUGAUGGAUAUACGCAAUCAUUUCGCCAUGUGCACAACCAAAAAGGAGAAGAAGGAUGCCGAGACGAUGUUAGGCUGGAACGCUGACAACCUGGAAAAGUCAGCCCUAGCUUCACCUUUGUUGCAGCACUGGAUUCGGUUAGAUUCCUUAUAUUUGGACGCAAUGCAUGAAUACCACAGCUGCGGAAUGGUAGCACAAGAAUUGGGUCUCUGGUACACACAAUUGAAAGAUUGCGGUUACACCCUGGAAAUCCUGCAGCGAUGGGUAGCUAUCGGAUGGGCUGCGUCACACGGUGACCAACAACCACACCUCGUUUGCAGUGACAAACUCUUCAAAUAUGAGAUGGAUUACCGUGGAGAUGCCAGCGCUUGUAGGAUCGCUCUUCCUUUAGUUUGGGCUUUCUGUAUGGAAGUGCUGCACGGAGAUAAUGCAAUGGAUGACGCAGUGCAGUCAAUCUCUGCAUUGUAUGCUGUUGUUCAGUGUUUGCAACGCGCUAAAAUUUUUGUUUCCCAAGGGGAACGUCUUUUGGCGCUGCAAUGCAAACAUCUCUCGGCCUUUCAGAAAGCGUAUGGCGCAUCUGUCAUGAGGCCAAAGGCGCAUUAUGCCUUGCAUCUGUCCGAACAGAUGAGAAAAUGGCAUCGCCUCAUCGAUUGCCAUGUUGGCGAAAGAAAGCAUCGCUUAUUUAAAAGAUAUGUUGGUCCCAAAAUUUCCAGGCUGGAAGGAUACGCCAAGAGCGUACUUCUACAUCUGACAGAAAUGGAGUUGUCUGGCUACGAGCCAGCAGAGAGACUCCUUGGUCAGACAAUUGGUGUUCCACAUGAGCACCCAUGCAUGGCGCAGCGGCUGAAGCUGCAAACCAAUGCAACCUUUUCCUCUGGUUUUGAGAUUGGCUGCGUAUCGUAUCAGAAUGGUGCCUACUUGCGCAUGUCGCAAGAUUGCUAUGUGGAGGUGCAAGGAGGUGUGUCCUCCGGCCACGACAGAUAUCUUCUGGUAGCUCCUCUACACCGAGAAACCAAGUCCAUGAUGAUCUUUCCUAAGUGGAUAAAAUCAUCUACACACUUAGCAUUGCUGCCAAUCGAACGGUUGAAAGGCCAAGAGCCCUAUCGACUAAUUCGAAAAGACGCUACUGGAAUUUGGCUGUUACGAUAA